AUGCUCCUUGUGCCUGACAUCAUAGAGGUACCUGGUGAUGGGACCGACACCCCUGCUGCACGACCAGUAGGGCCUCUGCCUUCUCCUGCAUCAUCCCUAGAUCCCUCUAUCUUUGACACUCCCUUUAAAUUUGGUAGUUCCACAAUGUUGCCCUACACAACUCAUACACAAUGCCGGCUCGAAACUCUCAAUGCCAUGGGCUAUGAGAUGAAAGGUCAUGUUGUUGGCCCGAUGCCAGCUGGGGAAUUUCUCCAGGAGUUCCUGCCAACUUCACAGAUACCCAAUUAUGACACUUUGACCUUCACUUCAGCCUUCACUCCUGGCGUAUUCAGCAGCACACUCUCUGCUGUUGAUGAGCAGCAUGCUUAUGAACCAUUCGUGAGUCUGUCCAUUGCCAUGCAAAAUUGCAUAUUUUUCAAUGGUGACCUUGUCCCCAUUCACAGCAAUGACUGA